AUGAAUGUACAACUAACUAGAGAUGUAGCAAAGACACUCUCAGAAUUGGUUUCUGUAACCAAUAAAGAAACAUUCCCUAGGUAUCAGACGCCAUUUGCCGAUUAUAUACGCAUAAAAUGUCAGGGAGGCCAUGGAGGAAGUCCACUUGAGAACGUAAAUAGAUCUAAAAAGUUGAAUGGACCGGGAUAUGGAGGUCACGGUGGCAACGUGAUUUUCAAAUCCACGCAUUUAGUGGAGGAUCUGCUACACUUACCGGACUAUAUCAAAGCAAAAAACGGAGGAAAUGCCCACGGAACUAGCAGAGGAUUACAUGCUCGUGAUUCUGUUAUUAAUGUUCCGCUGGGUCUUAUUGUUAGGAAGAGGAUUAAGUCCGGAGACCGAACAAGGAACGUAUUCUGGCAUCAAUUUCUGAAAUUAAAUGAAUCCCUACUAAUAGCACGUGGAGGAAAAGGUGGUUUAGGACCAUCAUGUUUCAAGAAACAUGAUAAUCGUUUGCCGGAAGUCGGAGAAAUUACAAACUUGGAAUUAGAGUUACGUUUGUUCAAUGAUGUUGCAUUCCUAGGUUUGCCUAAUAGUGGAAAGACAUCCCUAAUAAGCUCAAUAACACCUUACAUGACACGAAUUGGUCCUGAAGAAGGUUCUACAACCAGACCUCAUUCUGCAGUUCUUAAAUUUAUAGAUGGACUGGAUAUUAGAUUACUUGACUUGCCACCACUACAUCCGAAUGAUGAAAAAUUGGGGAGGAUAUUAAGACAUAUAUAUAGAUCAAAACUCAUAGUAUAUGUUCUGAGUGCUUCUGAUCCUACUAACCAUAUGGAAACAUUGCAACUGCUAAGAAGUAUUGUGACAGGUUCUCCAAUGUUUGACGAAGACAAGCUAGAGCUGGUAGUAAUGACAAGAUGUGACAUGUUGCAUAAGGACGUUUUGUUUAAUCUAGACAGAUUACACUACAAGUUGUUGGACGCACUUCCACAUAUUAGGGUCGUUGGGAUUUCUUCUACUCACGGAUUGGGCUUAGACAGACUGGUAAAAACUAUAAGAAACCUUUUAUAUCCUGCUGAACUCACAUACAAUCGGCGUCACUUUGUAGAAAGCUAUGAAACUAAACUACUUCCACAAGAACUAAAAUUGCUUGCUCCAUAA